AUGAUCCAAACAACGUUAAGUGGAGAGCCAGUCGAAGCACGAUGCCAUUGUGGAAAGAUAUGCAAGAACAGCAGAGGGCUGAAAAUCCAUCAGGCAAGGACCAAAUGUGGCCAUAGGGAGAUACUAACGCAGCGCACAGAUAUCAGCAAUGAAUCUGGUGAGACGCAGGAGGAACUCAGUCAGGAGUCAAACCAUAGUACAGAGAGCCUCCAAGCUUCGGUGUCGCCAGAUGGCAGCAUUGGUAACUUGAAUGAAGCGAGCGCCCAUGGUGUUCAAGCAGUGAGGGACAGGAGAUUAGACAAAGUGCAGUGGCCCAAGACAAAUGACGAGGCAGCUUGGCGAAAUCUUGAUCAGGACCUGGAGGCUAUUUUGGAGACCACUCUACAGGGGAAUGUGGAGAGGAAAGUAGAAGCACUGACGUCAAUUGUGUACAGUGUAUGCAAAGAGCGAUUCGGAGUGGAAACAUCCAGAACACAACCCAGAGCAAAGACAACAAAGGAGAACAGGAGGGAACGUAAGAUCAAACAACUACGAAAGGAGCUGAGGGAAUUAGGAAAGAGGUUUAAAACAGCACCAGAGAGUGAAAAAGUUGGGAUACAGCAGAUAAGAGACGACCUUAGGGAGACACUUCGCCGCCUAAGGAAUGCAGAAAGACUAAGGAAGGGAAGGAAGGAGAGAGCGAAGAAAAGAGCAGAUUUUGUUAAAGAUCCAUUCCAGUUCUCAAAAACUUUGCUAGGAGCAGAGAGAUCAGGCCAUCUGGAAAGCUCGAAGGAGGAAGUGGAAGCUCAUCUCAAAGGUGUCCAUUCAGACAACAGGAGAGCAGAACCUUUAGGAUAUUGUCCAAGAAUCUUAGAGGUAGAGGCCCCAAGUGCACCAUUGGAUACCAAACUUCCUACCUGGAAAGAGAUUCAAGAUGUGGUGAAAAAGGCAAGAUCAGGAUCAGCCCCAGGACCAAGUGGGAUAACGUACAGGGUUUACAAGAAAUGUCCAAGACUGCUAAGAAGACUGUGGCAGCUAAUCUGUAAAGUAUGGAAGAAAGGGACCAUACCGGCGUGCUGGAAGAAAGCAGAGGGAAUCUUUGCUCCUAAAGAGAAAGACUCCAAGACAGUUGAACAAUUUAGGACCAUAUCGCUGCUGAGUGUCGAAGGAAAGAUCUUCUUCUCGAUACUUGCCAAGCGCAUGACAGCCUACAUGGUGGAAAACAGUUACGUCGACACCUCAAGUCAGAAGGGAGGAAUCCCUGGGUUUUCAGGAUGCGUAGAACAUACAAGCGUCAUCAGCCAACUGAUCAGAGAAGCCAAGCAGAAAAAAGGUAACCUGACAGUGGUAUGGUUAGAUCUUGCAAACGCCUAUGGAUCUGUACCACACAAACUGAUUGAGGCAGCCCUGGACCAUUAUCAUAUUCCGGAGCACAUCCGGAAAAUGAUAAUGAGCUACUUCGGAGGGAUACAGUUGCGGUUUACAGUUGGGGAAAGCACUACAGCGUGGCAAGACCUGGAAAAGGGAAUAGUUACAGGAUGUACCAUUUCACCUAUACUCUUCAUCAUGGGAAUGAAUAUCAUCAUCAAGGCAGCAGAGAGAGAAACCAGAGGACCUAGAAUGGAGUCUGGCAUCUACCAACCAGCCAAUAGAGGCUUCAUGGAUGACCUAACGAUCACUACCACCACACAUGUACAGGCCAGAUGGGUCUUGUCCGCGCUGGAGGAGGUAGUUACAUGGGCACGGAUGCAGUUCAAACCUCGGAAAUCACGUUGCAUGAUUAUGAGGAAUGGCAGACUCAGCCGACAGUUUGUACUGAAGGUCCAAGAGGAGGAGAUACCUUCAAUCAUUGGCAGCCCCAUAAAGUGCCUAGGGAAAUGGUUUGACGACACACUCAGUGACAGCCAGAACCACAAGAACACCCAAAGCCAAGUGUGCCAGUGGAUGAAGAAGAUCCACAAGUCGGGACUUCCUGGAAAGUACAAAGCAUGGAUAUACCAGCAUGGCAUACUACCAAGGCUCACAUGGAUGCUGCUACUGUAUGAAAUACCAACCUCAACAGUAGAAGGGUUAGAGAAGAUGGUGAAUGGGUACCUGCGGAAGUGGCUUGGGGUCCCACCAAGUUUCACAUCAGUUGGGCUGUUCAGUUGUUCGGCAGAACUACAACUACCAUUCAAAUCGGUCGUUGAAGAGUUCAAGGUAGCAAAAUGCAGGCUGGUGAUGACUCUGAGGGACUCCAAAGACAAGCACUGCAGUUGGUGA